AUGGUUUUCCGGUUGGUUUGUCUCAACGAGGACAUUAAUCGGAGAACUACUACUUUUCGCACAUCAACUGGAUGUGCUUCACCGUUUGAAGUGGCCACAAGAGAAAGAGAACGAACUGUCGCUGCCGGUCCUGUUCAACGUUGCCGUCGGCGAUAUCAUGCGAAGAACAGCUGGGCGGACUUCAUUUAUGUGGUUCUGGCACCAUUUGGACGUCAUUUUAUUGACGUCGAGUGCGUAGAUCUAGCACACUCGUUUCAGGCAGGUGGAACUGCAAUAUUUUGUCGAUUUUGUUUCGACUAA